ACCCGCGCAGCUCACCACCGUGGGGAAACGCUGCUGCUUGUGGAUUCAGGACUUGUGCAUGGACCUGCAGAACCUGGAGCGGGCUCGGGAUGACCUGCGCUUUCGGGGUGUCAAAGGCACCACUGGCACUCAAGCCAGCUUUUUGCAACUCUUUGAGGGAGACCACAGUAAAGUUGAAGAGCUGGACAGAUUAGUGACUGCAAAGGCGGGAUUUCAGCGGGCUUACAUGGUCACAGGGCAGACGUAUAGCCGCAAGGUGGAUAUUGAAGUCCUGUCUGUGCUGGCCAGCCUGGGGGCAUCCGUGCACAAGAUUUGUACUGACAUUCGCCUCUUGGCCAACCUGAAGGAGAUAGAGGAGCCUUUUGAGAAGGAGCAGAUCGGUUCGAGCGCUAUGCCUUACAAGAGGAACCCGAUGCGGUCAGAACGCUGCUGCAGCCUGGCUCGACACCUGAUGACUCUGGUGCUGGAUCCCCUCCAAACGGCCUCUGUGCAGUGGUUUGAGCGAACGUUGGAUGACAGUGCCAACAGGCGCGUGUGUCUGGCUGAGGCUUUCCUCACAGCUGACAUCAUUCUGAGUACACUGCAGAAUAUCUCCGAGGGACUUGUGGUAUAUCCAAAGGUGAUUGAGAGGAGGAUCCGGCAGGAACUGCCCUUCAUGGCCACGGAGAAUAUAAUCAUGGCGAUGGUGAAAGCAGGGGGCAAUCGUCAGGAUUGCCACGAGAAGAUUCGGGUUCUCUCCCAGCAAGCAGCUGCUGUUGUGAAACAGGAGGGGGGUGAUAAUGAUUUUAUUGCCCGUGUCCGUGCUGAUCCUUACUUCAGCCCUAUCCAUAAACAACUUGAAAGCCUGUUGGAUCCCUCCUCCUUCACUGGACGUGCUCCUCAGCAGGUGGCAAAGUUCCUGAAGGAGGAGGUGCGACCCGCGCUGGUUCCAUACCAAGGCAAGAUGGGUGGGAAAAUUGAGCUGGCACUUUAGGUGGAUUCUGCAAAGGCGUGUGGGUACAGGAAGAUAAUAAAAGCCUUACUGAACCA